AUGACACGAAGGCGAAGUGGUGGAGGAGAGGGUUGGUUGUUAUUCUCACAGAUCGGAGGGCCCAGUGGAUUAGCUAAAGACGAUAUUUCCAUCUGCAUUGGGAAAGCUAGAGCAGUCUUUGUCAAACCGCAUCACCUGCGGUAUAGGCGUGACAUCAGCUCAUCUGUCAGCUACAAUGCAGCUCCCAUAUUGUUAUACGGGUCAGAAACCUGGCCGCUGCGUGCGGAGGACGUUUAG